UUACGCCAAACAGCCCCUUCGACCCCUUCUUCACUCACGAAAUACGUUGAGCUUGCUGGGAGAGGAGAGAAAUGUCGGCGAGAGGAGGGAAGAAGGCGCGGCUCUCUCGAGCCCUAGAUUCCCACAUUCGAAACAUCGAAGAAACGUUCCAGAUACUGGAGAAAUCCGCUGCCUCUUCCCUCGAGAAAGUGGAGUGGUCUCAAGUAAUCAAGCUGGGUGAUGAGGUUUCCAAGCAGGCCACUAUUGCUGGGAUGCUCUGGAGUGUAGAAGAACCAGAAAUGAAGCAACUGGAGGAGUGCAUGGAAGCAUACUUUAAUGUGCUUCAUGGCUUUGUUUUGAUCUGUCAUGGCAGUACAGCUGGUGCUGGCCCUACCCUUCAUGCAAGUAUUUGUUCUUCUGCAAGACAGGUCAUUGAUAGUAGCCUUGCACUGUUAAAGGAAGCUCUCUCUAUUGAAUCUCGCAAUUUCAGUAAUAGAUCUUCCAUCAUCCCUCGGCUCUCUGGUUCUGUUUGGGAAGCUUGUGCCAAUCUCAACAAGAACCCCACUUCCAACUGCACUGCUAUCGGCCGCGCCAUUACCCGUGUAGCCGUCUCAGUUAAAGAUAUUCUCCGAGAAAUGAAUGAGCUGAAGCCUGCGGCCCCCAAUACCUCAAACGACGCAUCGCCUGAGGAAGACGACUCCGACGAUGAAGAAUUUGGCGAUGAUCUUUCACCCGAAGAAAUGUUAAUCGCCCAGUUAACAACCAAAGCUGUUUCUGAUGUGCUGGCGGCCUUAAAGGAGGUUAUCAGAUUUGUUUCUGGUCUGCAUACUAAAUCAAAUGAGGAGAAUAUGGAACAUGUUAAGGCCUUGGAGACAUUGCUGAGAUGCUGCGAGGAAAUUGGAAACCAGGCUAAUGAGUUGGGUGCUUCAGUUUACCCACCACAAGAGAUUUCUGUGCUGAAAUCGGCAGCUAAGAAGAUUUACAUCGCCAUUGAUGAUCUGCAGAAAGUUGUUGAGAUAGUUGGAGGCUCAGAUCAGAGCUUUUUAGGCUGUUUUGAAAGAUUGGAGGAUUCAUUGAAGAAAAUGGAGUCUGGUUUGUGUGGUGAUGUGAGCAGUGAGAUAGAAAGGCUUGCGUUGUAAUAUUUGAAGAUUUUCAUUUUUUUUUUGUGAGUGAAAUUUGAAACUUUAAACUUUAAAGUACAGUUCAUAAUUUUCUCUGAUC